UUAUUCUUUCUACGGAUACGCUGUUCGUUUGUACCGUUUUGCUACGCUUUACAUUUGGAAGGAUACCCACAAGACUAGCUGAGGUAAUUCACUUUCAUUUUUUCGCGGAUCGCGCCACAAGGUAAAAACUGUUAAAACGUGAAUGAUCUUUUUGUGAUUUUUGUGACUGUGAUAGUAUUUUCGUAGGAUAAAAGGUACGUGGUCUCAAUUCUAACUAUGUGAAUGACCUGUAGGAAUUAUAAUACGCUUUUUUAACCGAUAUAGUUAUGGCUCAAAUUGUUAGGAAUAUAAUUGAUAGUUAUCAUGACCUUAUGGACAAUCAAAGUGAUCCCAGGGUCAAUGAUUGGUUCCUUAUGAGUUCGCCAUUUUACACGCUUGCUAUUUGUUUAUUUUAUGUAUAUAUUGUAAAAGUAUUAGGACCAAAAUUUAUGGAAAAUAGAAAACCUUUUGAAUUGAAGAAAGUUUUAGUGAUAUAUAAUUUAUUUCAAGUGAUAUUUAGUACGUGGUUAUUUUAUGAGAGUUGUGUAGCAGGUUGGUUUAGUCAUUAUAGUUACAGAUGUCAACCUGUAGAUUAUUCACAGCAACCGUUAGCCAUGCGGAUGGCAAGAGGCUGUUGGUGGUACUACAUAUCUAAGUUUACAGAAUUUUUUGACACGUUUUUCUUCGUUCUUCGUAAAAAGUACGACCACGUUUCAACACUUCACGUUAUUCACCAUGGAGUUAUGCCGAUGUCUGUGUGGUUUGGUGUUAAAUUCACUCCCGGUGGCCAUUCCAGUUUCUUCGGAUUCCUGAACACCUUUGUCCACAUCAUUAUGUACAGCUAUUAUCUACUUGCUGCUCUUGGACCGAGGUACCAGAAGUAUCUCUGGUGGAAGAAGUACUUAACAGCCAUCCAAAUGGUACAAUUCGUCUUAGUUAUGGUUCAUGCAUUCCAACUGCUGUUCAUUGACUGCAACUACCCCAAAGCUUUCGUCUGGUGGAUCGGAAUGCACGCAUUUAUGUUUUAUUUCCUAUUCUCCAACUUUUACAAAGAAACUUACAACAAGCAAAAAAGGAAAAGAGAAGAGGCUUUGGCAAGGAAACAAAAUGGAGUACAUCAAAAUGGCGUCGAGAAGAAUGGCAAACACAACAUUGGUAUUUGCUUCACCAGCCAAACUGCUCUUUAUGAGCAUAGCAAUAGCAACGGAGUUAAUGGAGUCAAUGGAGUUAGCAAAGCCAAUGGAGUUAACAAAUCCAAUGGAGUUAACGGACUCAGUAAAGUUAAUGGACUCAAUGGAGUCAAAAAAAUGGGCAAUGGUUAUACUUCUGAAGAAGCAACUAACUUGAGGAACAGGACCUUUGUGGACAAAACGGAUACAACAGCGUAACCCAUAUAAUAUUUAAAGUGAUUGAUUAUAAUUAUCAUCACAAAUGUGUAUAUAGGAUGGUGGUAAAUCGACAUAAAAAGUAUUUUCUAUAAAAUUUAAUAUGGAAAUAGUUUUAUAUUAGAUUUUUUAGACACUGACGAUUAUCUACAAAUUAUAUUGUAAAAUAUUAGUGUAGGUCAGUACUUAAAAAUGUAAAAAGAAGAUAGAUAAUAUACAGUCCGUCCAAUAUACUUACCGUUGCACGUCAUUAUAUCUACGUCAAAGCUCUAAGUUGAGAUUGUUGCCCAAUUACAAAAACUUCUUGAAUUCAUUUUGAAUCAAAUGUACCACAUAAUUAUUGCGGAAGUCGAUUGUACAACAAAACAGAUUAAUAUUCAAUGUAAAUAAAUAAAAACUUUAGAAAAAGAAAACAAGAAUUAAGUUAUAAUCUUACGUUAAAGUAAAUAAUAAAAACAGUAAAUUUAAUAAUAGACCAGCAAGGAUCUGUUUUUAGGUGGAUGUGAGAGGUGGCAUUCGGAUUUUUGCUGAUAAAGUUAGGUGAUAACUUCGUUAAUAAUAAUAAUUGACUUAUGCUCCUUCUCAAAUAUGCCCGGAGCAUUAAUAAAAAAAAAUAAAAUAUCUAAAAAUUUCAAAAAAUUUCAUUUUUUUUUUCUACUUUCUUUGCUUAUAACUUUAAAACGAUUCAUUUUGGAACAAAGUCGUAUAGCAAUAAAACAACGAUAAUUAAAUUUUCUAUCAGAUACGAUUGGUUAAAAAUGUCUUAAUUUAACACCCUUGCUGCAAAAUAGCAAUAAAUAUAAAAUAAGGGGGCAAAACAAGCCUGUCUUAUUCAAUGUUUUUCCAUCACUUAGAUUACACUUGGAACCUUCCUAAUUCGCUUAGAAAAUUUUUGUAAUGUGAUAAAACCGUCCACCAAAUUUCAUUAAAAUUGACUUACUAGAUUUUGCAUAAUAAUUUUGCAAUCUAAACUUUUUUUAAAAAAUUAAAAAUUUUUAAAUUCUUGCACAACAAAAACUAGAACAUACAAAGAUUUUUCAAUUUUUUUAUAUAUAAAGAAGCACUCCACGUAUCUAAUGCACUUUACAGAAUUGAAAUCGGAUUAUUUAAACAGCCUCAGCAAUGUUUUAAAGUUAUAAACAAUUUUUUGGCUCAUAAACAAAUUAGUGCUGUGUCCAGGAGGGGGUGCUACGGGCUCCUUUAUUUAGAUGGACUUACCCAAGUAGGUUUUUUUAUGUAUUUUGACCCGUAGAACACGAAUUUUUUGGGUAACCGUUGAUCCGGUUAUCGAUAAGAUUGUUAUAAACAAAGAACUUGAGGAAUUACAUAACAUCAAUUUUUCGCAAAAUAAAACAUUUUGUUGUAUUUCUUGGGUACUUCUAAGCAAAAAAUGUUCUUACAAGUUUUUUCGUAGGAUGCAUAGUUUUCGAGAUAAACGCGAUGGAACAUUCAAAAAAUCGAAAAAUUGCAAUUUAUAAACGAGAAUAACUUUUGAUUAAAAAAUAAAAUAGCAAUUCUGCUAACAGUAUUUGAAAGUUUAAGUCAAAUUAUACCGGUUUUAAUUAUUUGCAUUUCUAAAAAUUAAUUUUUUUAUUAUUAAACAAAGCUAUUUUUAUAAGCCAAAAAAUUGUUUAUAAUUUUAAAACAUUGCUGAGGCCCCUUAAAUAUUCCGAUUUUAAUUCUGUAAGGUGUAUUAGAUAGGUAGAGCACCUCUUUAUAUGUAAAAAAAAUUAGCCAACUUCUAAAUGGUCUACUUUUUGUUCAGAAAGAUUUUAAAAAAUUUGAACUUUUUUAAAAACAUUUAUAUUGCAAAUUUAUUAUGCAAAAUCUAUUAGGUCGAUUUUAAUGAAAUUUGGUAGACCAUUUAAGUAAGUUAUAAGAAUUUUCUAAGCGAAUUACUAAGGUUCUAAGUGCCACCAAAGUGGUUAAGAAACAUUGAAUAACAACAGGCGUAUUUUGCCCCCUUAUUUUGUAUUUAUUUCUAUAUUGCAGAAAAGGUAAUACCUUAAGACAUUUUUUAACCAGUCGUAUAUCAUACAAAAUUCAAUUAUCUUAAUUUAAUUUUUUUACGACUUUGUUCCAAAACGAAAUGUUUUAAAGUUAUAAGCAAAGAAAGCAGAAAAAAAUCGAUUUUUUUCGAAAAUUUUAAAUAUUUUAAUUUUUUUAUUAAUGUUCCGGGCAUAUUUGAGAAGGAGCAUAAGUCAAUUAUUAUUACUGAAGGUGACACUUUAUCUGCAAAAAUCCAAAUGCCACCUCUCACAUCCAAAAAUACACGAUUUUUAGAGAUUAGUCCUGGUCUAUAAAACAAAUACUUAUAGUAAAGAAUAAAAACAAAUAUGAAGUGUCAUCAUCGUAACUGUCAUAAAUGUUACCAAUUUAUGCCUGUCAUAAAUGUCACCUUUGUUCGAUCGCAUUUAGAGUGUAAUCCGAACAAGUGUGCUUUAUAAAAACGCUUUAGAUUCCACUUAUAGAAAUUAAAUGAAACAAGUUGGGGUAUGUUUCUUUAAAUGUACAUUAAUAGAAAUCUUCCAAUAUUAUUUCUACGCGUAUAUUAUAAAAUAUGUCUAGUGGCUGUAAUUCCCGUGUAUUCGGCAAAAUGAUUCUAAAAAGGAACAUACCUACCGCCUAAGUAUUUCGUGUUGGUAUCAUGUGACGUCACGAGCUAUGACGCGGAUGACGUGCAACGGUAAGUAUAUUGGACGGACUGUAGUUACAUUCAAAUUCAAUAGGGAAAUCAUCCUAGAUGAAUGGUGUAUGUAUGUAUGUAUGUAUGUAUGUAUGUAUGUAUGUAUGUAUGUAUGUGUGAUAUGUGUAUAUCUCUACAUUUCAUUAUAUUCUUCAUAAUUAGAAGAACUUGGAAUGGUAGGUGAUUGUAGACAUUACGGGAGUAAAAACCUAUUUGAAAAAUCAUUGUAAAUAGAUUUAACUUAUAUUAAAUACCUAUUUAGAUAGGUAUUUAAGUACAAUAUUAGAUGUACAUUAGUGAAAUAAUUUAAUAAUAAUAUGUUUAACCAUAUAUGUUUUUAAACAAAAAAUUGUCAAAAUUUUUAGUAUUUCAUAAUAAAAUUUCUUUAAAAAGA